AUGUCUGCUAAUCAGAAACAGCCAGCACCUGUUGUACGGUGGUCAUCGUCGUCUGUCAGAGGGACAGCAUCCAGUUCCGGGUCGACUCCAAAUGACUCACCCUCAUCUUCGCGUCCACCGUCUCCGGGACUAUCUUUGUUGAACGAGGCGUUGAGUGACAGCAUCCUUCCGACAGUACCCCCACGUGCGCGAUUGCCGCCAUGUUUUUCGCCUACUCGGCUGCUCAGUCGACCACCUCCACUGCUUAGCAACCUGCGCUCUACCCUCCCGUCAGCGACUGUAACUUCCAUUUCUCCACGCAUUCAGCUUGGGCUCCCCGCAUCAUCCACAGAUCCUGCGAUUCACCUCACUGACCCAUAUUUAUCGCUCACCCACUCCCUACCCACUCGUUCGUCUAUUGAUACGCUACGUUCGAUCCAUACGUCUACCGCAUCACAGGUUACACCUUCUCCUAUUCCAAGUAGAUGGUGGUUCCAGAGUGAUUCAGACUCGGGGAGCAAUCACAACGUCAACAAACUUCUUACUGAGGAAGAUCAGUCGCCGAAUAGAAUUCAUCAGAAGUAUCGCGCACCAAAAGCCCCCGUUGUGUUCUGCCAUGGACUUCUUGGGUUUGACACCGUAACCGUCGGACCUUCCCUUGCACCCUUACAGGUCGCACAUUGGCGUGGUAUCAAGGAAGCCCUGGAGUCAAAUGGCUGUGAAGUUCUCAUCACGCGAGUCCCUGCAACAAGUUCUCCUGUAGACCGUGCAAAAGUUCUUGAGAAGAAGAUUUCAGAAGUCUAUCCUGGCCGGGCUGUCCACCUCAUAGGGCAUAGCAUGGGCGGUCUCGACUGCCGUUACCUCACGACGCACCUCGCCCAACGCAAGUUUUCUGUGAUAAGCAUCACUACGAUUGCUACUCCACAUCGGGGCUCCUCCUUCGCCGACCACUUCAUGUCGCUCGCAUCGCAGCAUCUUCCAUCCGUACUUGCGCUGCUUGAGCUCCUACCAAACGGUGGCGGCGAUGGAAAGGCAUUCGAAUGUCUUACGCUAGAGAGUAUGCGCCGCUUCAACGAGGAGACACCUGACGUUGAGGGUGUGCAUUAUUUUAGCUGGGGCGCAUGUUAUGAACCAGGGCUUAUCGAUACAUGGAAAUGGCCGCACAGCGUCAUCUUAGAGAAGGAAGGACCGAACGAUGGGCUGGUUAGCGUCGAAUCAGCCAAGUGGGGCACAUAUCUCGGUACCCUUUCUCCCGUGAACCACCUAGACCUUGUUGGAUGGACGAACGCUGCGCGAUAUACGUGGGCUGCAAUUCGAGGGAAGGAAAUUCCGUUUAAGCCUGCUUCGUUUUACCUUGGUGUUGCAGACUUGCUCGCCGGGGUGGAGGAGAACGAGGGCGGCGAAGACGAGCGUACGCUAGAGAACGGCGUGGUUGAAGGUCAGCGGGAGAGGAUGGAACAAAACCUCUCGGACUGCAGUCCGUCUCCCAGGUCGAUGUCAAGCCCGCUGCUGAAAAUGCACCCUGCACUUGGAGAGAUGGUAUCAAAAGUGCAAGAAGAAUCGAUACAGCGUACCUCCCACUCAGCAGAAGCAUCGAAAUCUUCGACAUCAAAUGCACCUCCAUCACCGAAAGAGAGAUCUUUACCCCCGACGCCUCCUCACGAAGAGACCCCACCUACGCCACCCACGAAAUCGUUAACCCCGCCUGUACUCGAACGAGACUAG